AUGAGAAUCGCCACUUUACAGUUCGCCCCAAAAUUGGGGGAUGUGGAAGGCAACAUCAGACGGGCCAAUGAAUUGCUGCAGAAUGGCAAAGUGCUAGGAGGUGUUGGGAUUGGAGUCGACGUCCUGAAACCGGAGAUUCUGAUAUUGCCCGAGUUAGCUUUGACUGGUUAUAACUUCCCUUCGCUGGAGGCUAUCAAGCCAUAUCUGGAGGCCGCGGGGAAGGGCCCAUCAGCCACGUGGGCACGGGAAACCGCCAGGCGCUAUCGGUGCAAAGUGUGCGUUGGGUAUCCCGAGGUCGAGGAAGCAGGGGUAAGCCAAGGAGACGGUCCGAGUAGUCAGCAGGAGACGUACUACAACUCUCUGCUUGUGGUUGACGAGCACGGGGAGGUUCUGCACAACUACCGCAAGACGUUUCUGUACUAUACGGAUGAGACAUGGGCCGCCGAAGGUGAUGUGAAGAGGGGCUUUCGCGAGCUUACCUUUGGGAAUUCACCAGAGCAGAAUUCUCCCAGCACCAGCGUCGCUACUUCAUUCGGAAUAUGCAUGGAUAUCAACCCGUAUAAGUUUGAGACGCCGUUCACCGCAUGGGAGUUCGCGAACCGAGUGCUGGAUUCGAAGUCUCAACUCGUCAUCCUUUCCAUGGCUUGGCUAACGUCGUUGGACCGCGAAGAGCUCGACGCUCUCGCUGGGGAGCCGGAAAUGGAUACCUUCAACUACUGGAUCCAGCGGUUUUGGCCCCUCAUCAAAAAACGAUUGCGUCAUGAGGUUAACUUUGAUGGGGAUGAUGCGGAGUCUGGCAAGAAGACUGUCAUUGUUUUUGCGAAUCGGGCGGGUGAGGAACCAGGUCCUGAGGGAACCAACCCGGUUCUGUACGCUGGCACGAGUGCUAUUAUUGCUGUUACGCAACGGCCGCGUCGCCCCUCGGCCGAUGGAGAACCCAGUGCUGUGGACAAAGGCUCUAGGAAUGGGUCUGAUGAGGAGGAGAGUGGGGACAAGGAUACAUCGCCGUUUGAUGUGAAAAUACUUUGCUGGGAUAUGAUGGCCGCGACAGCCGAAGGGAUUUGCUUUGCGGAUACUACGAUGGACCCAAAAAUGGUUUUCGGCUUAGUUAAAGCUAAUAGAUAA